CAGCCACCAGUGAAGUAACCCUUGAAGUAAUGCUGAAAAAUAUCAUUGGCCUUUGGUACAAAACCGAUUUUCAUUUGUCUCCAUAUCACUCCGAAACAUUAACUACUACAAUUAUUUCAUCUUCUGACGAUAUAAUGGCUCUGUUAGAAGAUUCUCAAGUGACAAUUUCAACUAUUAAAGGCUCUUCCUUUGUUGGCCCAAUUAAGAGUCUUGUGGAUGCCUGGGAUCGUAAGCUGAAGCUCUUUUCUUCUACCAUGGUGGAAUGGCUGACUUGUCAGAGGAAUUGGAUUUACCUUGAGCCAAUCUUUCAUGCUGCAGAAAUAAAAAGGCAGCUUCCAGCAGAGGCUAAUCUUUUCUCUCAAGUGGAUAACAAAUGGAAAGAGCUGAUGAAACGUACAGAAGAGUAUCCAAAUGCUCUUCGAGCAGCUACAACUGUAGGAGUUUUUGAAACGAUGCAGACUAACAAUGCUCAACUGGAGAAAAUACAGAAAUCUCUUGAGGGUUAUCUUGAAGUUAAACGUAUGAUUUUCCCAAGAUUUUAUUUUCUCAGCAAUGCUGAACUUCUUGACAUACUAGCUGAAAGAAAAACUCCUGAUACUGUGCAGCCUCACCUUGUGAAAUGUUUUGCUAAUAUAAAGAAAUUAUGUAUACGCACUCAAGAACAGAGACCUCCGGUGGUUUUAAUGAUCAAGUCUGCUGAAGGGGAAAUGCUUCUAGUACCAAAGGCUGUUCGUAUUAGAGGUCCAGUUGAGCAGUGGCUAGGAAGUGUUGAAAGUACCAUGUGUGAUAUGGUAAAAAGAUUUAUAGCUGUUGGAAUUGCAGAAUGGAGUCAGAUGGAAUUUAAAGAAUGGUUUUUUACUCAUCCAGGACAAGUAAUUCUACUUGUGAGUCAAAUCAUGUUUACCAAGGAAUGUGAAGCAAAUUUUCAAAGUUCUGAUCCAAAGAAGGAGAUGAUAGCAAGCCGUGAUGAAGUAAUCUAUAUUCUAGAUCAAUUUACAGAGAUAGCAUCAGAGGUUCUGCACUUUCACAAACAAACCACAUUGGAAGCACUGGUUAUUUUGUACAUCCACUUCAGGGAUAUACUAACUACAAUGAUAGAAUGCAAGGUCUUUAAAAAUGAAGAUUUUGAAUGGAAAAGGCAGCUGCGUUAUGAAUGGCAUGAACUUAGCCCUUGUAGGGUUACUCAGGGUUAUGCAUCCUUUGAUUAUGGUUAUGAAUAUUUGGGCUGCUCUCCGCGAUUGGUUGUUACCCCUCUCACAGAUCGAUGUUGGUUAACCCUUACUGGAGCUCUACAAUUGAACCUGGGAGGCUGUCCUGCUGGUCCAGCUGGUACAGGAAAAACAGAAACUAUCAAAGAUCUAUCAAAAGCCCUGGGAAAACUCUGUCUGGUGUUUAACUGUUCUGAAGGUUUGGAUGAUAAGGUGAUGAGGAAAUUUUUCUGUGGAUUGGUGCAGUCUGGUGCAUGGUGUUGUUUUGAUGAAUUCAAUCGGAUUGAUGUGGAAGUCCUUUCUGCAAUUGCAUCACAGAUUCAAGCAAUCAAGGCAGCCAAAGAUAGCCUUACUAUCAGAUUUGUUCUGGAAGGGAAAGAAAUGCGGCUGAAACAAUCCUGUGGAAUCUUUAUUACCAUGAAUCCAGGAUAUAAAGGUCGUGUGGAACUCCCAGACAAUUUAAAAUCAUUAUUUCGACCAGUCUCAAUGAUGGUCCCUGACUAUAAACUCAUUGCUGAAAUAAUGCUAUUUUCGGAAGGUUUCAAAUCAGCAAAAUCACUCUCUGGGAAGAUAGUAAAUCUUUAUCAACUUUGUAGCAAACAACUGUCGCAGCAGGAUCAUUAUGAUUUUGGCAUGAGAGCAAUAAAAGCUGCUUUAAUAAGGGCUGGUCAGAAGAUACAAGAGUUAAAAACACAUAAUACAAGGCUUUCAGAGGUAGAAGAAACUUUUGUCAUAAUCAGUGUGCUGAAAGAAGCCAAUUUACCAAAAUUCCUUGUUGAGGACAUUUCACUAUUUGAGGAUAUUUUGACAGAUCUAUUUCCAGGAAUGAAUGUUCCAAAAGUAGAUCUGCUACAACUAGAGAAGGCAAUAUCUGUUGCAGUACAGCAGUUAUGUUUGCAGCCUUGGGCAAGUCAAAUAGAGAAGGUUAUGCAGUUUUACAACCAAAUUAUGGUUCAUGUUGGCGUAAUGCUAGUAGGCCCUACAGGUGGAGGAAAGACUACCAUUAGAAUAAUUUUGGAAAGAGCCUUGAUAAUCUUACCAUUACUAGAUUCUGAAAGUCUUACAAAACUGGAUGCUAUUUUACAGAAUACUUCAAAGAGAUGCAAAGUAGACAGUUUUGUUGUAAACCCAAAGUGUGUCAGCCUUGGUGAACUUUUUGGACAGACAGAUCCUAACACCAUGGAGUGGUCAGAUGGCCUUUUAGCAUCAGCAGUACGAGCAUUUGCCAAACUGUCUGCCAAAAAACCUAAAAAGAAAGACCAAAGCAGCAAUGGAAAAUCUGGAAUCCAGAGUUUGUACACUGCGGCGGCGCGUCGCUUUUUCUCCUCCCUCGCCUCAGAAGGCGCGUGUGCGCAGGCAGGCACCAGCCUCCUUCUCGGGCAUCGGGCGGGACGCGCCUCCUCAGCGCCCGUGCGCGCCCCCAGGGCCCGAGGCGCCGUUGCCUUUCACUAUUGGGGUCCAGGUCCAGAUCCUCCACCUUUGUGCACUUGGUUCUUCUUGCUGAGGAUGUGA